CCGGUACCGAUUUACCCUUACGGUACUUACCUACCGUUUACGGCAAAAAUGAAUGAGGCCAAAAGGCAUUAGGGCUAAGGCUUUUCUACGAGCAACCCAACAACACAAAAAACGUUCCGAGCUUCACACAAAAUCCGAGAGGGCGUCUUUGAACUCUUCUUGUUUCAGUUGUUGUUGUUGUCAUUCCUCGAGGAAGCAUCAAAAUGGAAAUCCCCGAAUUCAAGCUGAUUCUUGUCGGAGAUGGCGGUGUUGGAAAGACAACCUUUGUGAAGCGUCACUUGACUGGUGAAUUUGAGAAGAAGUAUGUUGCAACACUGGGCGUUGAGGUCCACCCCUUGGUGUUCCACACCAACCGUGGCACAAUCAAGUUCAACGUCUGGGAUACGGCUGGCCAGGAGAAACUUGGCGGGCUCCGUGAUGGCUAUUACAUCCAAGGCCAGUGCGCCAUCAUCAUGUUUGAUGUGACAAGCCGCAUCACCUACAAGAAUGUUCCCAACUGGCACCGUGAUUUGACUCGAGUUUGCGAGAAUAUCCCGAUUGUUUUGACUGGUAACAAAGUGGAGAUCAAGGACCGAAAAGUGAAAGCAAAGCAGAUCACCUUUCAUCGCAAGAAGAACUUGCAAUACUUUGACAUCUCUGCCAAGUCGAAUUACAAUUUCGAGAAACCAUUUCUCUGGCUAGCUCGCAAGUUGGCUGGAGACAACCAGCUUCACUUUGUGGAGGCUCCUGCUCUUCAGCCGCCGGAGUUCACCAUUGACGCCGCCACCAAGCGCCAGUAUGAGUUGGAAAUCGCUUCCGCUGCUGCGCAGCCUCUGCCAGAAGAUGAUGAUGAGGACCUUUAAGCAGGAAGUCCCUUUGAAUAUAUCUCUGCAGAUGCGACAAUACCGUAUUCAACUGUGGCUGAGAAACGAACAGAGAUCAUCCCGGCAUGAACGAGAGAGAAAGAGGUUGGAUCCUCAACCGGAAAGCGACUAGGUUUUGCAUUCAUCAAGGUGCACUGCCGCGAGGCUUAUGAAGAAACACAAUAUACAGUAUUAAUAGCAUCAAUAUAUAUUCUGAGCUGCUUCCGUGUGAUCAUGUGAUGGCAACGUCUGAUCACUUUUGGGUUGCAGCUCUCUGGUGUCAGCAAUAAGAAUAGUCCAAACUGAAACAAGUACUCAUCAAACUUUCCUACUAGUAUAAUAAUGUUGUCCACCGAA